GAUCUGAUAUAUAUGUACAUAUAUAUAUAUAUAUAUAUAUAGAAUACCCCUUUGUCUCUAUAAACAUACUAUCAAUUUCCAGUGAAUAAGGCACUACUUAGACACUGUAACUAGCUUUUUAAUACUUUGAUUAAGCUUCCAUAUGGCAGUCUUUAGCGUGACUCUGAGGCUUGUGGCAAUUACUCUGCUCUCAGCCACACUCUCUCUGGCUCACCCUGGUUUCAACUUUGGGUGGGGUGGACAUGGUGGAAUAUUUGGAGGGUCCUUUGGUCUCUUCCCAGAAUUCUAUCAGUUCUCUUGCCCUCAAGCUAAUGAUAUUGUUCUCUCAGUGUUGCAGAAGGCCAUCGAUAAGGAGCCCAGGAUAGCUGCCUCUCUGCUUAGGCUUCACUUCCAUGACUGUUUUGUUCAGGGUUGUGACGCAUCGGUGCUGUUAGACGAUAGCGCGACAAUAGUGAGUGAAAAAAAGUCAGGACCAAACAGAAAUUCCCUCAGAGGAUUCGAAGUGAUCGACGAGAUCAAGGCCAAACUGGAAGAAGAAUGUGCCAGUACCGUCUCUUGCGCUGACAUUCUCGCUCUUGCUGCCCGCGGCUCCACUGUUCUGAGCGGUGGACCCAACUGGCUACUGCCACUGGGAAGAAGGGAUUCAAAAACUGCAAGCCUAAGUGCCUCAAACACCAACAUCCCAGCUCCAAACUCCACUCUACAGAACCUCUUAACUUCUUUCAACCGCCAAGGCCUUGAUGAAGCAGACCUCGUUGCACUCUCAGGGGGGCAUACAAUUGGGAUGGCACGGUGUACGACAUUCAAGCAGAGGCUGUACAACCAAAAUGGGAACAACCAACCUGAUGAGACUCUAGACAAAUCCUACUACCUGGGUUUGAAAUCGGUUUGUCCAAUAUCAGGUGGGGACAACAACAUCUCGCCGUUGGAUUUUGCUUCCCCUGCCAGAUUUGAUAACACCUACUUCAGACUCAUACUCUGGGGAAAAGGACUUCUUACUUCGGAUCAAGUCCUUCUCACAGGGAAUGUUGGGAAGAUAGUUGAGCUGGUUAAGAGCUAUGCAGAGGAUGAAAAUCUUUUCUUUGACCAGUUUGCUAAGUCAAUGGUCAAGAUGGGAAAUAUUAACCCUCUCACUGGAUUUAAUGGUGAAGUUAGGAAGAAUUGUCGCCGACUUAAUUAAUGUUAGAAAAAAAAAAAAAACUGUUUGGUUUAUUAAUAUUGAUUAUAACUUUGCGUGUUUGGCUAAAAGAAUAAUGAGAGUUUCCAGUGGUAAAUUAGUAAAUGGGUGUUUGUUUUCCCGUGUUGAUGAUUAAAGCGUAAACUCUUUAAUAUUUCUUAUGGCGGAAUAUGAUUUUGUAGACGAAUUUGUCUGUUUCUUCGUUUAAGAGGAAACUUCUUUUAUC